CCUACCCACUAAAACCCGACGGUGUCCACCGGAGCCCAAAGAAAUAGUGAUGUACAAAAUAAGUAUCUUAGACAGACUACCUCAAGGAACCUUGUUUCAUUUGUGACUAGCUUCUUAUUUAUUUAAACUUUUAGCACAUAUACAAACAAUGCACUGUGGCGUACUUAAUACUGGAUGCUGGAUGGCAUUCUCUGCCAGUCAACCACGGGUCAUGCAGAAAUAGUAAGGCGGUGCAAAAAAUUCUUCUUCCCGCUAGCUCCUUCUGAAUUUCGGUCUAGAACAAAAAGUUUACAGUUAAAUUCGUAAUAAGUAAAAUAAGUUUCUGUCCACUGUGAUGAAAUAAACGAUGAGUAUCACGUAUUAAUAUGCAGGCACUAAUAAAGGCUUUAUUCAAUUCUAAACUGCUAUUAUAAAACCCUUAACUAACAAUACCUGUGAUCGUUAAUUACAUGGGCGGUCCUAAAUAUAAUAGGAACUAAAAUUGCCAACGUCCAACCUGUGAUUAUGCAUGACAAAAUAUUCACAACUGCAUUUCCACCGUGAAAUUCUCACGUAAUUAAUAAUUAUUUAGUGGAAAUUAUAACGUCUAUUCAGUUAGCGGGCUUAGUAACGGGACUACGAGAGCGCGUUGCAUUGUCCUAAGAGCUAAAAUGAUGUGGAACAUUCGUUUUUUAAAAGAAAAACGUUUCACAAUUUUAAAUGUCUUCAACUUCCUCGAGGAUCCAAGAUACCCUUUAGUAGGCCCACAUCUCCGCUUGCUUGGGCUCACGGGGCUCUGGCACCCGAACCUCAAUUCCAAGACCCGAUUCAAGCAAUACCUGUUCUUCAUCACCAUAGCCUUUUUCUUUAGUCAAUACGUCAAAUGUGCUGUGAAACUUGAACCUAGUUCUCUCAUGCUCAUUCUACAAUACGCGCCUUUCCACUUAGGCAUCAUCAAGUCAUGUUUCUUUCAAAAGGACCAUAAGAAGUGGGAAAGCCUCAUAGACUACAUAUCAGGCGUGGAACGCAAGGAAAUAGCCAACGGGAACAAAGAUAGUAACGACAUUAUCUCGGAAUACAUCAGUCGCAGUCGAAAAGUGACUUACUUCUUCUGGGCGUUGGCAUUCUUUUCUAAUUUCACUAUUUUUACGGAGCCAUACCAAAAGAACCAAAUAAAUGUGAAUGGUACAAGUGUUUAUUUGAAAAUAUUUGAUGGGUACACUCCAUUCAGCGAAGUGCCUCCAGGGUACUACGCGUCUAUGCUCACGCAGACUGUACUUGGGCACAUCGUAAGUGCUUACGUGGUAGGAUGGGAUACCUUAGUUUGUACUAUCAUGAUUUUCUUCGCUGGGCAGCUCAAGAUAUCUCGUUUGAAUUGUGCCAAUGUUAUUGAUAUCAAUAACGCUGAAAGAAGUCAUGAAAAUAUUGUAAAUUGCCAUAGUUUCCACACAAUUCUUGUAAAAAACCAGAAGCUGUUCAACUCCUUGAUAUCACCUGCAAUGUUUGUUUAUUUAAUAGUAAUUUCUGUGAACCUCGGAGUUUGCAUUAUAGGCAUCGUACAGUUGCAAGACGAUUUGACGACGCUCAUCUCUAGCUGCGUGUUUGUGAUGGCGUGCCUGAUACAACUUCUGCUUUUCUAUUGGCACAGCAAUGAGGUUACAGAAGAAAGUACCCUAGUGAGCUACGGCUCUUUCGAAUGCGACUGGGUGGAGCUGGACCAACGGUUCAAGAAGGAAGUGGCGCUGCUGGGAAUGGCCACCCGGACCAGGCUGGUCUUCAAGGCUGGGCCGUUCAACGAGAUGUCACUUACCACCUUCAUAGCGAUCCUGCGAUUAAGCUGCAGCUUCUACACACUCCUCAGUAAAACUAUGUGAUUACUUGCUAGUAAAACC